GUCAAAGCCCGUCCACAACUAGACUUACCCUCCUGCUUAUUGUUUCUACAACAAAAUCGUUUCAGUUCAUGGCAGUCGACACAGAUCUAGAAGAUGUCACCCAGACUACAGUCUACAUCCCCUUCAAUGAUUCUGAUGAUGUGGACAGCGAUACAGCACCGCCGUCCCUGUUUCCCGAGCGAGAUUUUCCCCAAGGAUGUCAGCUUCGCUUUCAAGCAUGCAGAACGGCCUGGGACAAAUGUUUGAAGAGGAUGCAAGAACUCAUCCACUCACUGCACGCGCCGGUCGUGGAGAGUAUCGUCGAUCAAGUCAAAAAGUCCUAUACGGACGAGCUUCCGGGAUUACCGUACCCCGAGCUGCCAGUCAUAUCUGUCACAUCAUCCAGCACAUCAUCUUCUCUCUUCGACGAGAUUUCAUACCGACUACAGGAAAGUACCGACGAGCUUUUCGAGGACUCAAAUGAUCACUUCGUGACACACGUUUUUCCAAGCGAUUGCCCAAAUAUUACAGGAGCGAUGAAGACAGUUGUCUCAGGUUUUGUAUCCCGAUCUCCGACAGGAGGACAAGACGUAAAACGCAAGCCAACCACCUCCCUAGCAGCAUAUGAUAUUGCUCUCCUUGAGGCAUGGUAUCGGGCCAUAUGUGAUGCGCGAGAUGAUCGUCAUGAAAGAACACGUCUGGUAGUUAUAAUGCAUGACUUCGAACAACUAGAGCCUCAGGUGGUUCAAGACAUAUUUGAAGUCUGCAGCUCAUACAUUCCGCGUUUACCACUCGUAUUUAUCCUCGCGCUGUCUUCGCCCCCUUCCCCAUCAUACAUUCAUGCAACAUACCCCCGCUCUAUGUUGUCGUUGCUGCGAGUGAGAAACUGCCCUUUCCCGCCAGUUGAGCAGUCUCUGCACGACAUUUUAUUGGAAACAUUUUUUGAUCCUAUGUUUGAGCCAGAGGUGAUGAUGGGUCCGACAACUAUUGACUUUGCAGUCGAAUUUUUUACUCGUCACAGCUCAUCGUUUGACGGUCUAUUAUCCAUACUUCAACUCGCUCACAUAAAACACUUUGAAGAACCUCUCAGUGUCCUCGCCCUUGCUGAAUCGCUAGGACGAUCCAAAGAUGCUGCCAAAGCGCUCCUCACACCCGAUGCCUUCCCCUUCCUCGACGCCCUAUUCGCUCGGGUGCACGAUUCGACGCUCAUUACACCUGUAGAGCAUGCUACUCGCUGGCGAAGCGCCACUGUCGAGUCACUCCUAUCUUUAGCGGAGACUGCACGCGAUACUUUCCGAAUGCGCGUGAAGCUGCUCCGUGUGGCGGUUCGACUUGUGCUCCGUGUCCGUCAAUUUAUGUUGGCGCAUGGGUACAAAACCGCUCAAGGUGACCAAACGGUGCCUGAUUUAAUAUGUUUGGCGUUGCGUGGACGUCUGGGCAGCGUAUACGGCUAUUUGUGUUCUAUGGUCAGGAAACUACCUGCAGCACAACUCGAGGACUUUGUGCGGGCUGUACGCGAUUUUUUCGAGGAUGUUCCCGAGGACGUAAGAGCAGAGGAAGACGAAGUGAUCUCACGCGUAGAUACGGCAUAUAAGAUGCUCGAUCGAGAUGCAAGCGCCCAGGAUAUAUCAGUUCCGCUCGGGAAUUGGUUAUCAGAGUAUUUCAAGUUACGCAUAGUCGCCCUAGAAGACAGUCCAUUGUGGGAUAUCUGGUACACCGGCUCAACGCCGUUUCCGUCUGAGCUGAUCAAUCCAUCACCUCGCGCUUCCAUCCUCGCAGGAUUGAUCCAUCCCCAGGACUAUGUGUCCCCCGGACGACAGAUUGAGGAUGACGAGGAUGACGACCUGCCCGACAUAAGCAUCUUAUUCAAGGGCUACCUAGAAAGUGCGAAGAUGAUCAACGUCUAUGACUGGUUCGAGUCGUUUGCAGUCGUCUUAGAAGCCCGGAAACGGCGCUUGGGAAACAAUCGUAUUCCUGACGGUGCGCGUGGAAACUCUGGGACGCCGUCAAGGAAGAGAGGAAAACAAAAGCAGGUGGAGAAUGAGGCUGCUGAUGAGGAUGUGGGAGCAGAUGAGGAGGAAUGGCACAUGGAAGUGCAAGCGCGAUUCAUCCGUGCCCUUCAGGAGCUAGAUUAUCUCGGAUUCAUCAAACACACUGGGAGAAAAGCAGACCAUGUCAUGCGGACCGUUUUCGAUUCUCCGGAAUGACCAAGUGGGUACUAAUGUGUAGGUUCCGAUAUUUGUACAUAUAGCAUAUUGUUGUUGAUGUGAGAAUCGAUACAACGAGUUAACAAUUUAUUGCGAGAUGUCAGA